AUUUUCACAGAUGUUCCCUGUGACCAUUAGAAGAGGCUAUGAUUUCAGUUAAGACUCUCAACAUCUCUGUUCAAAGGCAAGAAGGUACAUCAUUUUUGGUGCAAAUUAUUGUGGAUUUGAGCUGCUUUGAAUCAUCUCCAAUUCGGACAGGGCACAUUUUAUUUCUGCUGUGUGUUUUAAAGCAAGAGAUUCCAAAAUGUUAAUAGUGAUUUGUAUUGUAAGCUUGAUGUACUGCAUAAGUGGACAGCUGCUGAAUAACAAAUUCAAAGGACAUGCCUCCCAGUAUAUCUGCAGUAUACCUGGGUUGCCCGGUCCUCCGGGGCAACCAGGACCCAAUGGAGCAUCUGGAGCACAUGGGCGCAUUGGGCUGCCAGGACGAGAUGGAAGAGAUGGAAGGAAGGGAGAGAAAGGAGAAAAAGGAGACACAGGUCUAAGAGGGAAGUCAGGUCCUGUUGGAAAAAUUGGAGAAAAGGGAGACAGAGGGCUAACAGGCAAGAACGGACCUGAUGGAUUUGCAGGCGUCAAAGGAAUGCUAGGCCCAGAUGGUCCUCCUGGGGAGAAAGGAGACAAGGGACAACGAGGGCUGCCAGGAAAACCAGGACUCUGCAAGUGUGGCAGCCUGGUGCCCAAAUCAGCCUUUACAGUCGGUAUCACCACCAGCUACCCCGAAGAAAAAUCUCCCAUAGUAUUCAACAAAGUCCUUUUCAAUGAGGGAGAACACUACAACCCCACCACUGGGAAGUUCAUCUGUGCCUACCCGGGUAUUUACUACUUUUCCUAUGACAUCACACUGGCCAACAAACACCUGGCAAUUGGACUAGUACACAAUGGCCAAUUCCGCAUAAAGACUUUUGACGCCAAUACAGGGAACCACGAUGUUGCUUCUGGAUCUACAGUUAUGUACUUGAAUCCAGAAGAUGAAGUCUGGCUGGAAAUCUUUUUCACUGAUCAGAACGGCCUGUUUUCUGACCCAAACUGGGCUGACAGUUUGUUCUCUGGGUUUUUACUUUAUGCAGAUACAAACUACUUUGAUGCUCUUUCAGAAGAUUAUGCGUGAAAAACUGACUCUCUGACAAACUACUGGUUGACAACAUUAAAAUAAAUGUUAUGAUCAGGUUUAAGUACAAAGCAAUGUGGAAAGCAGAACUAAUGGAGUAACUAUAAACAGUGUACUGCAUGUGGGUUUAUUAUAACAAAUAUUCAGUGGCUGAUGUUACUGUACAGCUAUGACCAAAAGUUUUGCAUUACCGUAUAGAAUUAACUCAUUUUGCUUCAUAAAGUCAAGUGGAACCUGCUGAAUAAUGUUACUUUAGCAUAUUGAAUUACAUACCGCUUUGUAGUUUUCCAUAUACUGUACUUAACAAAAAACUGACAGAAAUUGAAAAGUGUGACAUUUCAAAAUCUAAUAUAUAGACUUUUGCGAUAUCAUUUUGUAGUUUCUUUGAUUAAAUUGUUACAUAAAAGCUCUGAAUUGUUAUAUUUUUUAAUUAUGUCGCAAUCCUAAAUUCUAGAUGACGCAAAACUUUUGGCCAUAGCUGUACAUAUGCCAUACUUUCCAACAUUUUGAUAUCCAAGGUUCUUUUGGCAUCCUGUGUUUUCACACUGGGCAGAGCAGCUUAAUGCUGUUAUAGCGCAACCUUUGAUUUUAGACAAGAAUGGCCAACAUAGGAAAUUCAACAGCAUCUGAAACCCAGUUUUACAUUUUGUCCCAAUUAAGACAAACCAAUUUGUUAAUAGAGAAUGUCCAAAAUGUGUUACAAAAAUAAGUGUGUGAGAGAAGUUUUUUUCUCUCAACAGUUCUCACAAAUUACAUCUGGAAACUAACCAGUGUCUUGGAAUAACAUUGAAAUUCCAGAUGUGUUGUUAUGGCUGACGAGGGACUAAUUAUUCUCAAACAUAUGCAUAAAAAUGUGUUACUGCUGGGUUUUAAGACUUAGUUGUUAGGUUUUGUAUUCAAUAAAGUUGUACAAGGUUUCUUCUUUAAAAAACAAAGAAAAUGGCAGCUGCAUAGAAUAGGAGUUGUUCAAAGUUCUAUUAUGAUGAAAUUUCUGUAUUUAGUGAUGUAAAUCACCUAUUGUGGAAACACUGGCAGGAUUAAAGGGUAGCAGUAAAGCACACUCCAAACCCAGCUAGACAGAACUGACCUAUAAUCCAAUCCAUGCUUUCAGAAUGAAAUGCAAGCUACUAGCAGCUGUAGAAACACAACUUCAAUAUCGUAAUUGUGCAACAAAUGUGUGAAACAUUUACAACUGUUUUUCAAAUGUUUUACUCAAAGAACUAUAAUAUGCAAAUACAUAAGAUAAGGCAUGUUUAGUAUUGUACAGAUUAUAAAUACUCAUUAAAUCUAUGAGAUUACUAAAAAGUUAACUGCAAACUGAAAUGCACUCCAUGUGCUGCAUUAAUUGCAUAAUAGCUGCGUUCUUACAUUUUUUGUAAAAUCUCAUAUUACUAAUGAUUAUUUAGUUUAGAUCUUAAUUUUCCAAUGUACGAAUCUUCUUUUCUUUUGUAUUUCAACUACUAAGGGCUUGAUCCAAAGCUUGGUAAAUUAUGUUGAGGUCUGGAACUAAACAAGGUUAAAACAUUUUUUGCAUAUUUAAGUAUACGACAUGACUUCACUGAUCAAAACAGGUCAUUCAAUUUAAAACAAAAUAAAAAGAAAAGCAACUGUAUACUUUUAAACUGAUAAAAGUGACAAAAUCCAUUUGCCUGUGAGUGUGUAUUGUAAAUUAUACACUGUCACAAUCAGAUCUCUCUGUUGUUGCACAGUAGGAUAUGUCACGAUACACUACAGCUUUUAAUUUCUGUAGUGUAUGAAACUGAACUAGUUUAAGCUGAAAUAAAAACAUUCCAUCAUUACGGGAACAGCACAGACUACUUCAGAAGAAAGAAAAGUAAAAAAAGGUGUCAAAUGUCUAGAUUUAUUUAGGUAUACGAGAAAUUGGCAUAUAAAAUAGCAAUGCAGUGAAUUCAGAGGUUAACACUCCAAAUAAUAAAAUAAACGACUUGGCAGGCCUCCUCGUUUAUUGGAAUUCAGAAUGUUUAUCUCCUCAUACGCCACAUGUAAAACAAAUGAUCGCUUAAAUGCACAGACAACAGGGAAAGUUAUUCUAUGAAAUACAUGAACAAUGUUGUCUCAGGUGGGGGUGGAGUUAUUGGCAUCUAGAAAACAACAAAGCUUGUCUACAUACCCCUGUCCACAUUCUUCUGUUAUGGUAAAGAACAGGUACUUGAUUUACAUAUUGAAAACAAAUCAUUUUGACAUAUAUACCAUAUACAAUUGACUUUAUGUUAUAGACAAAAGACAACCUGAUUCAUUAAGCUAAACUAUUAUAGGGUCAUUCUAGACCAAGUUCUGGGGAGGAAUUUCCUCAAUUUGUGGUUAAUAAUACAUAAACCUCAUGCAGAAAGAUACUAACAUGAAUGUUAGUAUCAUUCUAAAGCAUGUUUCAAUGGUUUUCUAAUAAUAAGAAGAAUCCACCCAUUAACGAAAGGUCCACUUGAGCUAGAAUGACCCAAUAAUGUUGUGUAACCUCUUAAUGCUGUGUCUGUCUGAAGACAAAACAUAAACAUAUGUAUUUUUGUUAGCAUUAUUUAUUUUUGUUUGUAGAGGGAAUUGUACCUAACCUAAUAUAUGAUGUCUUAAAAAUGUAUGUAUGUUUAACACUACAUUCAAAUUAGUCAUUAUUUGCCCAAUUAAAUGCG